AUGAAUGGUACUACAUUUCUUGCGAGAAGUCCGAACACACGAGUAUGGGUUGACGCACCCUGGCAGUCGCUAAUUUCUGACAUCGUUGUUGUGCUCGAUCAAAUGAUGGAUUUGUUGGUGAUCUUCAAAGGGCUUUGCAUGGGCGAUUACCCACCCCGCACCUGCUACUCGCCGCUGUCGCUUGACGUCUCACGACCGGCACACCGCUAUCUCGGGCAAGAAGCCUCCUACUCGCCGCUCACUGCUUCUCGGCCUCAAGCAACAGCUCAACCUGCCGUUGUAGCUGAAGUGAAAGAGAAGAGUGAGGUCCGAUUCGCGUCUCCGAUUUGCAUCGAAAGCCCCAUCGAGGAGGAGUCAGACACCGAGACGCUACACUGUGAGCCGAGACAAUCAGCCCCGCUAAAAGCCAAGCAAGCGCCCGUCGAAUUCGAGAAGCGCCUCUACCGAAUAAAGAACAAGGGUUCGCCAAAGGAUCUGCCCAGCGCUCACCCGAAGACGAUCGCUUUUGGCGCUACGACAAACGUAUCGCAGACCGUCGAGGGCAAGCAACUCGCCGUCUUACAACGAGGCUUCGCACGUACCAAGCAACCCGUCGUCCCGAAAAUGAGCAAAUCCGUCGGCGCGCUGCCCGUCAGCGACAAGGAAAACAAGUCCCCGGCCGCUUUUACGGCAGCACCAAACCCCUUCAAGCCGACUGCAAAAACCUCGGCGAAAUCGGCUGCUGGGCUCGAAGCUGAGGUGGAGGAAUUGAGAAAGGAGGUGAAGCUUCUGAAAGAACGGGACGCCGAGCGGGCCAAUCAAAUGGCGCAACUUUGGUCAGCGAUCCAUGAACUGCAACGAAAGGCCCGGGCGGGCACCUCGGAAGAAUUCUCGUCAGACGAUGAAGCUUCACCGCGCUGCCGACGAUCUGGGAAAAGGGUGAAGCCGUGGUCCGAGUUUGUCGAGGAGAUGAGGCGCAAAUACGAGGAGGACCCGCUGCUUUUCAACAAUACGUUUGGCGAGAUCAUUGUGGACAUGAAGGGCCCCGAGCCAAAGCCGGGCCGAUCGAGUCGCGAUCGACGGGAUUCGAGCCGUGAUCGACCGAGGGAUCGGGACCUUCGCCCGUCGUCUAGGCCACGCCAUGAAGCUCCGCUGGCUGCCCACCAUGAGCGCCAUCGGGGCAAGAAAGGAGCAACAGUCACGCAGAAGUUCGUCUACACCCAAGAAGUUCAACACGGGCUAUCGCCUCGCCUCGAUGAGCUGUACAGCGUCGACACGAAGCAGUACUUCUUGAAGAACCACGUCCUCUCCACCGAGAAGCCCUACCCGGAAGAGCUCGCCUCGAUCGCCCCAGCGCCCCAGUUCAGCGCCUACCCGCGCAGCAACUUUGACAACGCGGCGCCGAAGAAGCCGAUGACCCCCUCGCGGAGGCGCAUUAGUUACAUGGUGGACAUGCCCGAGGAGGAGGAAGAGUUCCCGCAGGCAGACCGGAUGGCUGAGGCUUUCUCCGAGUUUCCGAAUUGGCAAGAUGGAGGGCACGGCGCCCAGUCGUAUAUUGCGCCCGCUGACGAUGACACGCAGCGUCGCCGUCGCCUCGAGGAGAUCCGCCAGCGCCACCAGGCGCGCAUCGCCGAGCAGACGCGCCGCGAAGCGCCCGAAGAAUUCGACGACUAC